CUCUGCAGUCACAAAUGUCUUUGAGACCGAAAGAACUGCUACCAUGUACUCGUACACUUUUGAUGACAUCCUAGAGGAGGCGGGCAAGUUCGGCCGAUCGCAGAAGCGUAUCUUUGCCCUGCUAUGCAUGGUCUCCAUGCCAUGGGCCGGUGUCUACGUAGGUAUUGUAUUCCAAGGGUUCACCCCAGAGCAUUGGUGCCGAGACUCAGGGGUGAGUCAGAUCCGGAAGAGCUGUGGCUGGAACCUGAUGGACACUAGAAAGAUUACGGUCCCGGUGGUCAACACCUCAGGAGUGUUGGUCCACAGCCAGUGUGAGCAGUAUGAACUGGACUGGAAUGCUACGGGUCUGACAUGUGACAACCCAGAGUCUGACCUCACUGACGCCCUUCGCAGCAAAGCUCCCAUGACCUCCUGCAAGGAAGGAUGGGAGUAUGACUACAAGGGGAGACAGUCCUUUGUGACAGAGUUUGACCUGGUGUGUGCUGAUGCCUGGGUGGUGGACAUGUACCAGGCUACACUCAACGUGGGCUUCUUCAUAGGGAGCAUAGCCAUUGGAUACCUAGCUGACAGAUUUGGCAGAAAGGCGAGCUUCUUGGUGUCCAACCUCUUGAAUGGGAUUUUUGGAAUUCUUGUGGCGUGGUCUCCAAAUUGGGUAUCCAUGCUGGUCUUCCGAGCAUUAUAUGGCUUUGGUGUCAAGGGAGGCUGGGUGGCUGGAUAUGUUCUGAUCACUGAGCUGGUAGGAGUAGAGUACAGGAGGACUGUGGGAGUCGUCUACCAGAUGUUCUUCAGUGUUGGAAUUCUCAUCCUGCCCCUCAUCUCCUACUUCAUCACAGACUGGCGCUGGUUGCAGGUGGUCAUCACUGCACCUUAUAUCCUCUUCCUGUCCUACUACUGGUUUAUCCCGGAGUCUCCAAGAUGGCUUCUCUCUCAGCACAAUGCAAAGAAAGCUGUGGAGAUCACUGAGGCAAUAGCGAAAGAAAACAAGAAAACCCUCUCCAAGAACAUUGAGACGAUGAGAGACGACAAUGCCGAUGCCUCAACCGCCUCGUUCAUGGACCUAAUCAGAACUCCAAAAAUGAGAAAACACACCUUCAUCCUUAGUUUCAACUGGUUCACUAGUGCUGUCGUCUACCAGGGUCUUAUCAUGCGUCUAGGAAUCCUGGGAGGAAAUGUCUACAUUGACUUUCUCAUCUCUGGUCUGGUAGAAUUCCCUGCUGCCUUCCUCAUCCUCUUUACCAUCGAUCGUAUCGGACGGCGUCUUCCCUUUGCCACAGCCAACAUUGUAGCUGGAGCAGCCUGCUUCAUUACUGCCAUGAUCCCCGAGACCAUGUUCUGGUUCAAAACAGCGGUGGCCUGCAUAGGCCGGUUGGGCAUCACCAUGGCUUUUGAGAUGGUGGUGUUUGUGAACACUGAAUUGUACCCUACCUUUGUCAGGAACCUGGGUGUGUCUGUGUGCUCCACUCUGUGUGACAUCGGAGGCAUCGUGGCCCCGUUCCUUCUCUACAGACUGGCUGCCAUCUGGCUGGAGCUGCCACUCAUCAUCUUUGGGGCCCUUGCGUUUCUGGCUGGAGCUUUGGUCUUGCUGUUGCCUGAGACCAGAGGUGUGCCACUUCCUGACACCAUCGAUGACAUUGAGUUUCCAGAAAAAUGCAAAGAAAAAGCUCUGAGGAGUAAAGAGCUGAGGAGGAAAGAGAUGAUAAUGCUCGUACCCACCGCCACGAUGACCAACAAAGAACCCGAGACUGUCUGAUUCCUUCCUGGGAACUUCACGUUUUUGUGAUGAAAGUAUGAGAAAGUAGUGAUGAGCAGUAUUUUAUUAUUUUAUGUUAAAAUGACCUGUUUGUUUCAUUUGUUGUCUCUAAUACGAAUUAAGGAUUUCCUUCACCUUUA